AUCUUAUCUACGACAUUGGGGAGCGUAUGAAUCUUUAUAGAACAAUUGCUGAUUCAUCUAAGAACAAUAUCUUGCACUUGGCUGGAUUGUUAGCACCUGCACAUGCACUGAAUCGUAGAACAGGUGCGGCAUUACAAUUACAACGUGAACUCCAAUGGCGCGAGGAAGUGCAGAAACUAGUGUUUCCUACAUAUAUUACCAAAGAAAACAUUUUUAAGGAGACGCCGGAUAUGGUUUUCACAAGAGAGCACGAGAACUUGGUGAAGGAAGGAGAAAAGUGGAUGAAAACCACAGCAGAGUCAUGCAGCAUCACUGCGGCACUAAUUACCACAAUAGUAUUUGCUGCAGCAAUUACUGUACCGGGUGGAAGCAAUCAAGAAACAGGCAUCCCCUUGUUAAAUAAAGAAAUGGCUUUCACUAUAUUUGCAGUAUCCAAUGCCAUCUCGUUAUUUGCAUCGAUUACUGCACUACUGGUAUUCUUAUCUAUCCUAACUGCACGAUUCGCCGAGAAAGAUUUUCUAGUCAGUUUGCCAAGGCGUGUGCUUAUCGGACUAUUCUUCUUAUUGUUGUCCACAACGACCAUGAUCAUAGCCUUCGGUGCAACUUUGUUCCUAGUCUUUUGUGAUAGAAAGCCAUGGAUGAUUGCUCCUAUAUGUGGAUUAGCUGUCAUCCCCAUUGCCUCUUUUGUUACUUUACAGUUCCCCCUUAUGGUUGAUCUUUUUUGUUCCACACAUUUAAGCAUCUUUGGAAAAGAACGGAAAAGUGUUCGAAAAAGUGUUCUUAGAAGAUUUAAUCCAGAUGACAUACGGUUAGUUUUUCGUAACUGAAGUGCACAUUUCCUAAUCAUGUAUUCCAUUGU